AUGAAACUGCUCAUCCUUGGCGGAACAGGCCCCGCUGGCAUCAAACUCGUUGAGGAAGCCCUAGCCCACGGUCACACAGUCGUCGUGUACGCGCGAUCACCGGGAAAGCUACCCGAAUCCAUAUCCCAAAACGCCGCUGUGACCGUCAUCGAAGGACAACUCACCGACGUGGAGAAUGUUACUAGAGCGCUGGAGGGUGUUGAUGCCAUCUUGUCCGCUCUGGGACCAGGUGCAUCUCACCCUGGGAAUACGCCUCUCGCUCACGCGUAUGAGCUCCUCAUCGCCGCCAUGAAACAACAUGGUGUCAAACGACUCAUCGCUCUUGGAACUGCCAGUAUAAAGGAUGGCAGUGACAAGUUCAGUCUCGCGUACACGGCGAUGAUCACCGGCGUCUCCCUCUUCGCGCACAGCGCUUACAAGGAUAUCGUGGCCAUUGGCGAAACCAUUCGAGGCCAGGGUAAAGAACUGGACUGGACGAUCGCGAGAGUCCCAAUCCUCACGAACAAUGACACACGUGAAGUGGUUGCGGGCUAUGUGGGAGACGGUGUGACGAAGACGACAUUAUCCAGGGCUGGUUUCGCAGCGUUCAUGGUUGAGGAGCUCGAGAAGAAUGAAUGGGUGAAGAAAGCACCUCUCAUCACCGCCCAGUGA